AUGCGACUUUGGCCAGUCGAACUAGGCGUGCGCUUUUCGACGCGUGCCAGUAGAGACACUGCAUCAUUGACGCAGACGCUGUUGGUGAUGCUGUGGGCGAUAUCGUUGAGCUCGACGGCGCAAGCAAGUGUACAGACUGGACGAGGUUGCAGGAGCACUGGCACUCGCGUGGUUGGUACGCGUGGCCUACUAGCGCUUUGCAGCGCACGCUUGGUGUCGGCAUCGACGUCGCAGAUCGGCGCAUCGCAACGCCACUUUCGUAUCGGCCAUCCUGGCGCACGCAUCACUUGGAAUAUGACGACCGACGUCGCUCCGCAAUCCGCGGCGUUCGAAGCGUUCGAAUCGUACCCCACGCUUGACCCGUCACACACCACAUUGAGCCUGGUCAAAGACGCCAUGGACCUGUUCUCGGCGAAACCGUCGGCUGCGAUCUUUGCUCGCUCGUGGAGUCGCAACGCUACGUUUAGCGAUCCGAUCUGCCAUGCGGUCGGCGCGAGACAGUAUCUCGCACAGUGGUAUGCGAUGCGCGCUGUGUUCAGCGAGUCGGAAACGCUCGAGUGGAAACUCAUCCGUGACGAACCGACGCAUAUCGAAUACGUCCAGAAACAGAGGUACAAACUCAAAGCGCUCGGCACGGUCAAAGUGAUGCACAGCACUGUGGUCAUGCACACAGAUGCACACGGCAGGAUCACACGCUUCGAGGAUAGGUGGAACCAUACCGCGUUACCCGGCACGUUGGCUUGGCCGUUCAGAAGACUGAAUGCCAUCACGCUCCCAUGGCUCGUCGCCGUUGCAGCUGAAUCCAAAAACGCUCUCACGUAG